CGACCAGUUUAUUUGUGAUUUUAACACGGCAGCCAGAGGUUCACGUCGCUCUCCGCUCCGUGUGUCCGCCAGAGCCAGAGCCAGAGCUCCAAUACGAAAACGACGUAAAAAUCACCAUCAGCAGUAGCGCGCGUAAUUCAAAGUUAUCAUCAUCAAACAGUCCCAAAAGCAAUUCGAGACAAAAAGUGCUCCAAAAUAAUAAUUAUUAACUGAAUUAAAUGUGUACCAGAAUAAAAUCAGAAUAAAAAAGUGACCAACAAUUUAAUGUUAAACGGAACACAAAACAUUACAAAGUUUAUAACUUUGAAUACUGAAAUUAGCUAAGAAAAUGUCAUCUGGUGUUCAGUGCUGUGUUGCCGCUUUGGUCCAGGCGGCAGGCUGCUACUCCUCCUGCUCCUCCCUGGGACACCUGCUGGCCGCCCUUUGAGACCGCCAAAGGAUUCUCCCACUUUCAGUGACUUAACCGCAGUUGGAAAGCGAUAGAUCUGGACACAAACUACCGCAAAAAGAACUUUUAUUCCGUUUAACGUUUCUAUCCAUUGGAUAUAAACAUUGUGAACUUUAAGUCAUCCUUGAGAACGGCCCAGCCGAAAAUGUGCACAGAGGUAAAUUCAGCGAUGGGUCUUCAAGCAACAGCCGCCACGAAGCGGAAGCAUGAGCUGACCUUUGACAGCAAGGAUGCCAACACCACCUACACGGGCAACUGUGCCCCGCCCCCCCACAAGGCCAACAAAUGGGCCAUAAGCAACAACAACUACCUGGAAUCGCUGGAAGAGGAGCAGCAGCAGCAGCAGCAGCAGCAGCAGCAGGGAGAGACAACUGUGGUGGAGUCGAACAACAAUCACAUCAUCAUUGUCGAUGCCGAGUCCAAGCUCGAGAGCAGCAGCAGCGGCAGAAGCAGCAUCGCCCUCACGAAUGGUAGCGAAGUUACUAGCGUAAAGAGCCAGUCGGAGGUGCCACUGCCACCGACGGCAAGUGCCGCCAUCCCGGAGGACAACAUCGCCAAGCUGGAGGUGGUGGCCGCCGUGCCCUGUGAGCCCUGGAGCGGUGCUGCCUCGGUGUCUGUCAGCAGCAGCAGCAAUCCACCGUCUGUGAUUGGUGGGGGUGCCGAGGAUUGCAUCUCCAAGCUGCAGGCUGUGGCCGUGCCCAGCGAUCCGUGGGGCAGCAUUGCCACACGCUCCACGCUGGCCACGACGCUCCUCAGUGCCGAUGAGCUGGACGAUGACGAUGAUGACUUUGAGGAUGAUUACGAGGAGGAGGAGAGCAUCAUACCCACCUACUGCCCCAUGCGGUAUCAUCCGUUUGUGCCGCUGCCACAUCCGCUUCCGCACCAGCUGCCAGCCGCCCAUCCCCAUCCCCUCCAGCAGCAGCAGCAAGCGGCAGUGGUGCAGCAGCAGCAGCACCACCAACAGGCGGUGGUGCAACAGCAGCAGCAGCAGCAGCAGCAGAGGAGUAGCUAUGCCCCCGGGUAUGGCAGUCGGCAGCCCAACUACUACUCGGAGCCCUUCCCACAGCAGAAUUGCUCACGGACCGGAGGCCCCCAGCACAUGACGCAGCCCACGCCCCAACAGCCGCAGCAGCAGCAACCCCAGCAGCCUCGAGGAUUCGCCCCACCCCAGUGGACCACAGGAUCGGCAGCUCCCACCUCGCCCUCGGGUCAGCAGUUCUACGAUAGCGCGAGUCCCAGUGGAGCGGCACCCGCAUAUCCCCAACAGCAACAGCAGCAGCAGCAGCAGCAGCCAGCGGCACCCCAGCAGACGAUCCGCUGUGCGGAGAACGGCAAAUCGUACCUGGAUCUGGGCUGCAGCAGUGCGGCGGGCGCGGCAGUGGCCAGCAGUCCGUCGACAGCCGCCUCGCCCAUCAGUCCGCCUCCAUCCACGGCGCCAGUGGCUCCGUUUGCUGGUCUGCCUGGUCUGCAUGGUCUGCCCCUGAAGCGGUGCUGCGACGGUCGCGCCGGCGGCUGGUGCAGCGCCAACAGGAGCUGCUACAAGGACACUCGCCUGAAGAUACGCAAUCUGUCGAUGUUCAAGCUCUCCCGCUUCCGGCAGGUGUCGGAGCAGUCGCUCUACCGAUCGGUGCUCAUCUGCAACACCCUGAAGCGCAUCGAUCGGGAGAUCGAGGCAGAGGCCAAGGAGCUGCAUCAGGCGGCGCAGCAGCACCAUCAGCAGGCGGCGGCAGCAGCAGCAGCCGCAGCAGCAGCAGCGGCCCAAGCAGCGCAAUAUCAUCCGGCCUAUCAGCAGCAGCAGCAAUCCCCGCCAGCGUCGCAACUUCAUCCGCAUCCACAUGCCCAGCAGCAGCAGCAGCAGCAGCAGCAGCAGCAGCAGCAGCAGUUGGAGUAUGCCCCAGUGCUGAAUUGUGCGCGUUUGGCCAACAUGGAUCACUACCAGCAGCUGAGUUUCCAGCCGCAACAGCAGCAGCAACUCAGUGGCUACCACGAGAGAUUGGAGCCACAGCCAGCUGCGGCCUACAGGGGUGCAGGAGGAGUUGUGGGAGUGUCGGGAUUCCAGGGGCAAGCCAACAACUGUGAUACGUCAGCGAGCAACAGCCAAGCUGCAGGAGCGGCAGCUGGGGCAGCAGCGGGAGGUGCAGCAGCAGCAACGAGCGGGAGCAGUCUACAUCCCUACGAUCAUUAUCCCUUUCGGGAGUCGCAAUCUGGACGUGCCACACCGUUUCCCGCCUGCCCCACAACCUCCUCAGCAGCAGCAGCAGCAUCCGCAGGAGCAACAUCCACAGCAGCAGCAGCAGAGCCACCAACAGCGGCAACAACAGCCGCGAGUCCUGUGGGCAGCAACAGCAGUUCCUCAGCAGCUUCCAGCGCACCCAGUAAUAGCUCCUCCAAUGCCUCCAGCAACAGUUCCAGCCUUAGCCUGCCACCAAGAAGCAGUGGCAGUGCCACCAGCAGUGGCAGCACUUCGCCCAGCAGCAACAACAACACCAGCAGCAGCAGUGGGAGCAACACAGUGAGUCCUGGCAGCAGCGACACCAGCGAUUCGGGCUAUGCGGACGAUGACUCGACGCGUUCCAUCAACUGGAGCUCGGUGCUCAGCCUGAGCUCCCAGUCCGCGCUGGAUCCGCUGAACAACAACGAUCUGUUCAACAUUCUGCCAGCGGCAGCCACGCCCACAGCAGUACCCGUGUCUGUGGCAGCAGCAGCCUCCAGCACCGCCUCCACGCUGGCCUUCAGUGGCAGCUUUACCACGGUGCAGGCGGGCUCCAGCGGCAGCGGCAGCAGCAGCAGCGGCAGCGGCAGCAGCUCCAGCAGCAGCUCAAACAGCAGCGCCUCAUCCACGACAGCAACCUUCACCACCCUGUCGACCAUCUCCUCGGCCACCCACUCCCUGACGUCGUCGUAUGUGAGCAGCAUCAGCUCGGGUGUCAGUGCGGGCGCCAAUACGUGGGAGUACGGAUUCCUGGACAUGGAGUUCGGCCUCGGGUCGGAGUUCACGGAGCUGGUGCCCAGCUGCAAGCUUUCCUCGGACGAGCUCUUCAAGAGCGGCCUCAGCGGACCAGUGGCCAGUGCGCGACUGCACCACGACAACGAACUGGAGCAACCCGCCCACAUUAUGGUCGGCAGUUAGUAUCAGUUGUAAACGACGACGACGACGACGGCGACGACACAGACAGGCGGUGCUGGUGGCGGUGGGGGAGCGGCGUGCUGGUCAUGCUGCCCCCACCAGCUCCGACAGGCCAAUAGAAAUUCCAAGCAGUAUUGAAAUGUGAAACAGUGGAAACAGAGAGACAGAAAGAGAGAGAGAGAGAGAGAGAAUUAUGCUCAGGUUGUGAAAGUGCAUGAAUUAUACAAUAUCCCUUGAAAUGUACACCUCCUCCCUCUACACACCUCUUCCUUCCACACAGAGAGAGAAACACAGAAGAAGAGCUAAGUGAAAAAGGAAAAAGGAAAACCCCCAGACAGACACAGAACAGAUCGCAGAAGCAAAAGCAAAAAGCAAAACUAUUAGCUAAUUUUUGUAAGUGUAAAUAAGGAGAAGAAAUGUUAGAUGUAACUACAAGAACGCGAUUAUAUAUAUAUAUAUAUAUAUAUAGGCAUAUUUAGGAAUGUACUAUUAGCUUUGUUAGUUGCAAUUGUUGUUUGCCAGGCGAGAGAUAGGGAUGAAGAAAUCACUAAAAAACCAAAACAAAAACACCAAUUUAGUAAUUUGCAAGAAAGAAACAC